AUGCCACAGGAAAUUAUUGCUAGGCAAAGGGAAUAUUUGGCUGGACAAAUAGGCAAUGGUGUCACAGGUAAUCUAGCAUCAUUUAAAGCUAAUGGUGCUUCAACAGAAAAAGGCGUGGGUUUGCUACGUGGUCCUGAUGGUCAACUUCCACAGCAGUUGAGGAAUAUAGAGCCUCGACUUAUUGAGCAGAUUAGUAAUGAGAUAAUUGACUCUAAUACCAAUGUUCACUGGGAUGAUAUCGCUGGAUUGCAUCAUGCGAAAAAAUGUGUAAAUGAGAUGGUGAUAUGGCCUUUGUUACGCCCUGAUAUUUUCAAAGGCUGUCGUUCUCAAGGAAGAGGACUUCUUUUAUUUGGUCCCCCGGGAACAGGUAAAACAAUGAUAGGUAAAGCUAUUGCUGGAGAGUCUAAAGCAACAUUUUUCUACAUAUCUGCGAGUUCAGUAACAAGCAUGUGGGUGGGAGAGGGUGAAAAGCUAGUUCGGGCUCUUUUUGGAGUUGCCAGAUGUCAUCAGCCAGCAGUAAUAUUUGUGGAUGAAAUUGAUUCUCUGUUGUCCAAGCAUGAGUCAACCAGGCGAAUUAAGACACAGUUUCUUAUUGAAAUGGAAAGAUUCGGUGGAAGUGAACAAAUUCUACUCAUAGGAGCAACAAAUAGACCACAAGAUUUAGAUGAAGCAGCUAGGAGGCGAUUGACCAAGAGAUUUUAUAUUACACUCCCUUCAGCAGAAGCAAGAGCCUGGAUAAUCCGUACUCUUUUGAACAAGGAUGGACUUUUUAAACUCUCAAAGAAGGAUAUUGAUACCAUAUGCAAAUUAACAGAUGGGUAUUCAGGAUCUGAUAUGACAAAUUUAGUCAAAGAUGCUUCCAUGGGUCCAAUCAGAGAGGUUUUGAAACAAGGGGGCGAGAUUACUAAUCUUAAAAUGGAGGAUAUGAGAUCAGUUACUCUAAAGGACUUUAAGGAUGCACUAAAGGAGGUGAGACCUUCUGUUUCUUGGAACGAACUUCGAAUAUAUGAAGAGUGGAACAACCAAUUUGGAAGUUUAUCGACAUCAACCAUCUAGCUUUUUUCAAGUAAAUUUAGUUCAUUAAUAAGUUGAUGAUGGACAGAUAUGAAACUUUGUUUUUGUGCUCUUGGUUUUGGAACUUGAUUUUUUUUUUCGAAAAUGCUCAAUGACAAUCAAACAAAUCAU